AGUCACACAAGCAUCUGUGGCUCUGAAGAUCAGCUUCUCCUCCCUGCGCUGGUCCCGCGCACCUUCCCCCAGCGAGAUAGAUCGUCAAGCCACCACAAUGCCUCAUCCACUGGCCGGGCAUCUCCUUGAUCUAUCCUACAAAUGUCAAGCAGCCACCCUGGUCGACUAUACGAGUACCGAUAACGAGGAUCCAAUGCCCAUCUCCACUCGCCACAUGGCACUUACCGUCGAGCGCCGUCAAAGGCCAGAGAUAAGAACAUCUAAGCUUUACUCGUAUUUCAUUACGAUCUUGUAAAGGCUCUCUCAAUACCAUCCAGAGCACUAUAUACAUCAUGCUCAUCCCAGUCAAGGUAACACGGACAAGGUGAUAUAUGAUUCGGGACUCCCCAAUCUACCUUCUCCGUCCUUUUCCUUUCCUUUCCUUCUCCUGCUCCGUGACAAGCUUUGGUGAUACUUUCGCAUACCGCAUCGGUUGUGGCACAACAUGGCUCCACGGCGACUCUCGUCCAUUGUCCAUGGCGGCAAACAGAGCGAAGCCUUCGACCCAACGUUGGGAAAUGAAGCACAACUUGCCAAACUUGGCUAUGAGCAAGAGCUCAAACGGUCCUUCUCUCUGCUUGGAAUGGUCGGCUUCAGCUUCUCCAUCGUCACUUGCUGGACUGCCCUCGGAGGCACACUGAUCUUGGGCAUCGUCUCUGGGGGCCCUCCCGUCAUGGUCUGGUCCUGGCUCGGCAUAUGCGUACUGUCGCUAGCCGUCGCCUACUCGUUCGCAGAAAUGUGCUCGGCCUAUCCUACCGCGGGUGGCCAGUACAGUUGGGUCGCCAUCCUCGCCCCGCCUCGUUACGCUCGCGGUGCCGCCUGGGUGACCGGUUGGUUCAUGUGCACUGGGAUCGUUGCAAUGGGAGCAGUCAACAACUUCAUCGGAUCCAAUUUCCUCCUCGGCAUGGCCAACCUCAACUACCCAGACUACGAAAUCCAGCGCUGGCAAUGCGUGCUGGUCACGUAUUUGAUGGCCAUCGCCGCGGCGCUCGUCAACAUCUUCCUGUCCCGCUACUUGAACCAAAUCUCCACCUUCGCCGUGAUCUGGAACAUCCUGUCCUUUUUCGUCGUCAUAAUCACCAUCCUCGCCUGCAACGACCACAAACAAUCCGCCAGCUUCGUCUUCAAGGACUUCCAGAACGACACAGGCUUCUCGUCGGGUGGCAUGGCAGUCAUGCUUGGCCUCUUAAACACCCUGUUCGGCAUGUGCUGCUACGACGCGCCCGCCCAUAUGACCGAGGAGAUGCUCAACCCGGCCAAAGAAGCGCCCCAAGCCAUCAUCCUGUCCGUCUGGCUCGGCGCAGUGACGGGCUUCAUCUUCCUGAUAUCGGCCUUCUUUUGCAUCGGCGACCUCGAAACCACCGCGACGACAUCGACCGGCGUCCCGCUCAUCCAGAUCUUCUACGACAGCACCGGAAGCGUCAAAGGCGCCACCACCCUCGCAGCCCUGAUCACUGUCAUCGUGCUCAUCUGCGCGAACUCGCUCAUGGCCGAAGGAAGUCGUGCGCUGUGGGCCUUCGCUCGCGACCACGGCUUACCAUUCAGCAGCUUCUUCGACAGAGUCAACAAGAAAUCCCAGGUCCCCGUGAACAGCAUCAUCCUAUGCCUGUUAAUCCAGAUGGCCCUGAACAGUAUAUACUUUGCAAGCUACGAGGGUUUCAGCACCGUCAUAUCGAUCGCCACAUUCGGCUUCUAUAUCUCCUAUGCCAUGCCCCUAUUCGUCCGGCUGUGGAGUUACUUCACCGGCCAUGAGAAAACCAUUCCUGGCGCGUACACGCUGGGCAAAUGGAGUCCACUUGUCAAUGCGAUUGGACUAUUGUUUUUGGUCUUCGCCGGUAUCGAUUUCAAUUUCCCUCAAGUCGGCCCCGUCACUGGGGAUAAUAUGAACUACUGCAGCGCGGCAUUCGGAAUCAUCGGGCUCAUCAGCGUCGUUACUUGGAUCUUCGAUGGCAGGAAGCACUUCACGGGCCCGCAAACAGGUGUAAUGAGCGCGGUUGAGGCUGAGGAUCGAGGUUUGCCGCUGGGCGUUGGUGUGGUGGCCGAAAAAGACAGCAGUGUUGGAGGGAGCGACGGAGCUACGAGCAAGGAGAAAAUUCCUCAUAAUGCUGAUAAAAUAGCUUGAUCCGGAAAGGACUGAGUUCUCUCAGAUUUGUAAUAUCUGUCUGGCUGUAGUGGCUGCAUAGAAUAGUAGUAUUAGUCACGUUGUCUGAGAAGCAUCUGUAGCACAAACGACCCCAUAUUUCGC